AAAUUUAUUUGUGUAUCUAUUAUUUUUUUCUAAAAACAAAAAAUAUAUAUACAUAAUUAAGAUUCCCCCUUUUUAUUUUUCAUAAGCUAUCUGACCAGGCUUUUGUCCGUACAGUCUCUUCUAAACCCGACUGACUGACUCACUGACUCAGUACUUCUGAACCCAAUCUUCAUCUUUUUCUUCUUUCUUAUUCAACAAUGGCAGGCGACCCAGUAGUGCUAGUACUUGAUCCCACUCACCCAUGAUCUCUCUCUCUCACCACCAUUCCCCACCACCUUCUUCUACUACUAUCCAUAAUAAUGCUCGAUCUUAAUCUCAACGUCGUACUCUCUUCCGAUUCGGCGGCUUCCGAUUCCGUCGACAAUAAGCUUCUAGAGAGCUCCGGAAGCUUCAACUCCUCUUCCAAUCUCACCACCGCUGAUGACGACUCUUCUUCCAACCUCGACGCAACUGCUUCUUUGUUUGGUUACAGCUUCGAGAUUCUUAACAACCACCGAAACGACGACGCUGACGUCUCUACUACGAAUGAGGACGAUGACCAUCGGAGCUGUUUUGCUCGGUCUAUCGAGCUUUUUCCGGUAGCGAGUAAUAAUACCAAGUCGUCCGGUUCGAGGAGGCAGUGGUUGGGAUUGUCUUGCUCAGAAGGGACUUACGGUGGUCCUGCGGAGCAGGGAAUCGCGCCCCAACAACAGAAUAAGCAGGUGAAAAAGAGUCGGAGGGGACCAAGGUCUCGAAGUUCCCAGUAUCGUGGGGUCACGUUUUAUCGAAGAACGGGAAGAUGGGAAUCUCAUAUUUGGGAUUGUGGGAAGCAGGUGUACUUGGGGGGUUUUGACACAGCUCAUGCUGCAGCCAGGGCUUAUGAUCGAGCUGCAGUCAAGUUUCGUGGGUUGGAAGCUGAUAUAAACUUCAAUAUCAGUGACUAUGAUGAAGAUAUCAAGCAUAUGAGUAGCUUUAGCAAGGAGGAAUUUGUUCAUAUACUUCGUAGACAGAGCACUGGAUUCUCCAGAGGAAGCUCCAAAUACAGAGGAGUGACACUGCACAAGUGUGGACGAUGGGAAGCUCGAAUGGGUCAGUUUAUGGGCAAAAAGUAUAUUUAUCUGGGGCUAUUUGAUAGCGAGGUUGAAGCUGCAAGGGCAUAUGACAAGGCUGCCAUUAAAUGCAAUGGAAGGGAAGCAGUCACUAACUUUGAUCCAAGCUCUUAUGAUGGAGAAAUCAUGAUGUCUGAGGCCGACUAUGAAGGCAGCAACCAAAAUCUUGACCUGAACUUGGGCAUUGCUCCACUUUCUAAUUCCAAUGCUGAGGCCAGUGAUGUUUACUUUAAGCAAGGAUACAGUGACAUUCCUGUUUUUACGAGAGAUAAGAAUGAGAACUUUGCCUCUGUUGGGGCUACGCUGCCUCAUCAUGGGUCCAGAAUGAUAUCUGAGCACCACCACUCUUCUAUUAUGAGUGGCAUAAAUUCCAAUUUCUUUCCCAACCACAUGGAAAGAGCAAUAGAGAAGGGAGUAGAUGUGAAUUCCUUAGUACCAAACUGGGCUUGGCAAAUCCAAGGCCCAAAUGGCAGAGCAGCUGUAUUACCUCCUCCAGUACCGCUCUUCUCUACUGCAGCAUCAUCAGGAUUCCCUUCUUCAACAACCAGUGCUUCACCAUCAUCACUGGCUGCCGCUACUACUCAGCCCCACUUUCCUAAUAAUGCCUCCAAUAUCCUUCAUCACCAUUUUAUUCCACCUUCAUCAAUCACCACCACCAACAACUUACCACAUUUCUAUUGCAGGACCUGAAACCAGUUUAAGAUACUAUAGCAUUGUAGGUAGCAUAUUGACAUAUGUAGAGAUGGUGAUCGAAUAUGCUAGAUUAGCUAACUGGAACUAAUAAACGAAGAUUCCUCAAUAUUAUUGGUUAAUUCUGAUCUCUUUUAA